AUGGCGAGGGAAGAGAAGGCAGGCAAAGGAAACCCGCUGUACAGGCACUAUACCUACUACAUGCCUUCUACAGAAUCCAAGCGCGUCGCCGAAGAUUAUUUCCCACGCGAAACCCACCCCCGCCAAGCCAGUCUGAAGACUGCUUGCUUACUCAUCCUUGCUCCUGAAGGUGGCGUUACAGAAUUUGAUAAUGACAUCGACUCCGUCGCCGAGAAUCUUCUAACCGCCGUUUUCCUGCUCCUUCAUCUAGUAUCACUCAGGUUUCUCGGCCUCUCGAGGUCUCUCUGGGCUUCUCGGGACUGUGGAUCCCUACCAAAGGAAGUCGUGGUUUGGUUUGGUGUCAUUUGGUGUCACAAGAGUGUGUCGAUACACACUUCAUACAGUCUCGACUACGAUUUUGGAGAAUUGUCCCUCUCGGUUACGACCCUCUACAAGACUGCUGCAAAUGAGGCGGAGCGCUCCCGCCGUGAAGGGAGGGUAGAGGGCUACCAGGAUUGCAUCGAUGACCUGCUACUGUUCCUGGAGAAGGUUGAGGGAAGGUGCGACAAAAGCUCAUUAGAAACGAUGCGGCAGUGGGCACUAUCGAGGCGGAGGAAAGCCGGUGGCACUAGUAAGCCCAAGUCCAGACGCGAGGACCGGGAAGAAAGUGUCGACAGUGAAGAACUUCCUACCAUCGACAAUAAUAUCGAGUCUGUCUCUCCGCAUCCUCAGCAGCAAAAUAGCCCAUCGGCUCCACAACAUUCGGCAAACAAUUCGCCUCCCACGCCUGUAAAGCCACAGUCGAGCGAUGUACUCCAACAAACCCCGGUGUUUAGCUUCCGUGCCGAUAUGGACCUACCACGACACGUGCCUCCACAACCACGCUUCGACAAUAACAGUUUUGAGGAACUUCCGGACACAGAACUUUAUUCGCCACCCACUUCUCCAACACUGUCAGCCCACAAUCCAACUAUCUUCCAGAACCGGGCCGGCUCUAAUACCACCAACCCUCCGCCAUUCCGUCUUGGUAGCCCUACAUCUACUGGGAGGCAUCCGCAACAACGUGCUGGGAACAAGAGAAGGAUUGGAACCAUGUCGGAGUUCUUUGAUUUCCCUGGAGUGGAAAAGAUGCAAUUCGAAAACAAGAGGAGACGGCACUAG